GUUUUGAACUGUACGCAGCAGCUGCUGGGACACCUUCUCACUCAUUGAUGUGUCCCUGCCUCUACUCUGUCCAGCAUGACUGUGAGAAGGGCUGCUUCUCCAGUGGAAAGGGAAUUUAAUCACCAGUAUGCGUAGAAGUGGAAUAAACAAAUCCGACGCGCAUCCAGCUGCUGCCGCUGCUAGCUCGCGAGGUAGCUAGCUGCAGUAGCUCACCAGCCUGUGGGGACCGAGCUAACCGUAGCUAGCCAGUCGCUCUCUGGCUAGCUAUAGUACACCUCCGAGACGUGGAAGUUGCUUUUUGCGUGUACUUGGCUGCUGAGCCGGCUAGUUGUCUGUUUUUGUGUAACGUAAAGGGAUAAUAUGGAGCUGUUUCAAGCCAAAGACGAGUAUAUUCUCCAGAGCGGGGACCGAGCUCUGUGGUGCAGCCGAAAAGACGGUACCAUGACCGUCAGACCUGCUACAGACCUGUUGUUAGCUUGGAAUCCAGUGUGUUUGGGUUUGGUAGAAGGUGUCAUUGGAAAGAUACAGCUUCACACAGACCUUCCUCUGGGCCUUGUAUUAAUCCGCCAGAAAGCACUGGUAGGCAAUCUACCAGGCAACCACAAAGUCUACAAGAUCACCAAGAUAGCUGUCAUUCCUCUGUCUGAUGAAGAGCCUCAGGAGCUUGAGCUGGAGCUUUGCAAGAAGCAUCACUUUGGAAUCGACAAACCAGAGAAACUGGCGCAGUCUCCAGACGAGUCAAAGUUCUUGAUGAAAACCUUCAGCCAGAUCAAAUCUAAUGUAGCUGUACCCAUCAAGAAAAAGUAUUCCCCUGCCUUCCAGGUCAAGGAAAACAAAGAAAAGGAACGCUUGGAGAGGCGCCUUCUGGAUGAAUUGUACAAGAUAUUCAUGGACUCAGAUUCCUUUUACUACAGCAUGACCUACGACCUGACAAACAGUGUGCAACGCCAGGGAGACUCGGAUAAGUCCGGCUUACCCCUAUGGAAACAGGUGGAUGACCGUUUCUUCUGGAACAAACACAUGAUCCAAGACCUCAUUGACCUUCAGGUGCCAGAGGUGGACUUUUGGGUGAUUCCAAUCAUCCAGGGCUUUGUACAGGUGGAGGAACUGGUGGUGAACUACAACGAGACAUCUGAUGAAGACAGGAGCAGCCCUGAGACCCCACCACAGGAGGUCACCUGCGUUGAUGACAUCCAUCCUCGCUUCACUGUGGCCCUGAUCUCGAGACGUAGCCGCCACCGCGCAGGGAUGCGGUACAAACGCAGAGGAGUGGAUACCGAUGGCCAUGUGGCUAACUAUGUGGAGACAGAGCAGUUGAUCCACGUGCACAGCCACACUCUGUCCUUUGUGCAGACUCGUGGCUCCGUGCCCGUCUUCUGGAGCCAGGCGGGGUACCGCUACAAUCCCCGGCCACGCUUAGAGAAAGAAGAAAAAGAGACCAUGUCUUACUUUUCUGCUCACUUUGAAGAACAGCUUAAACUCUACAAGAAGCAGGUCAUCAUUAACUUAGUGGACCAAAGUGGACGGGAGAAGAUAAUUGGCGACGCAUAUCUGAAGCAAGUCCUGCUUUACAACAACCCAAACCUCACAUACGUUUCAUUCGACUUUCACGAGCACUGCCGAGGAAUGAAGUUUGAGAAUGUGCAAAUACUGACAGAUGCGAUCUCUGACAUCAUAACUGACAUGAAGUGGGCCUGGGUGGAUCAGGCCGGAGUCAUCUGCAAGCAGGAGGGAAUCUUUAGAGUCAACUGUAUGGACUGUCUCGACAGGACCAAUGUGGUCCAGGCUGCUGUUGCUCGGGCGGUGAUGGAACAGCAGCUGAAAAAACUGGGUGUGAUGCCUCCAGAGCAGCCACUGCCUCUCAAAUGCUACAGGAUUUAUCAGAUCAUGUGGGCCAACAAUGGAGACACCAUCAGCAGACAGUAUGCAGGCACAGCAGCGCUCAAGGGAGACUUCACCAGGACGGGGGAGAGGAAACUAGCUGGUGUAAUGAAGGAUGGUGUUAACUCAGCCAACCGCUACUAUCUAAACCGCUUCAGGGAUGCUUACAGACAAGCAGUCAUUGACCUGAUGAUGGGUCUGCCAGUGACGGAGGACCUGUACUCCAUUUUCAGUAAAGAGAAGGAGCAUGAAGAGAAAGAGAAAGAGAGCCAGAGGGGAGCGCAGGAGCAGGUCAGCCUCCUGCUGCAGACUUACAUGCAGCUUUUACUGCCGGAUGAUGAGAAGUUUCAUGGAGGUUGGGCCCUCAUCAAUUGUGACAUGAGCCUUGUUGAUGCAACCAACAAAGACGUGGACGUGCUGCUGCUUCUGUCUGACAAAGCCUAUUACAUUGCUUACUACGAUGAAGAAGCAGAUAAAGUGAACCAGUACCAGCGCCUCAAUUUGGAGGGUUUGGAAAAGAUUGAAAUUGGUCCAGAGCCUACUUUGUUUGGGAAGCCAAAGUACUGCUGUAUGCGUUUGCAUUACAGGAGUGAGGAGACGAGCGGAUACUUUCACACACUGAGGGCAGCAACACGAAAUCCUGAGGAUGACGGAAAAGACACAUUACAAUGCAUAGCUGAGAUGCUUCGCAUAACUAAACAAGCCACAGGGCUGGACCUGCUAGUGGUUGAAAAGAGGCUGGAGAGGCGGCAGAGUAAACCUCAUGAGGAUAUAAUGGGCAUUCAGAACAAACCAGCUGACCAAGUCCAGGGCAGCUCUGGUCUUGCACAGGGCAAAAGUUUCCUCCUCAACAAAUUCUCCUCUCUCAAUCAAAAAGUGAAACAGACCAAGACAAACGUAAACAUAGGCCCCUUCAAGCCGCUCGGGAGGCUGGGCAACUUCUCUAAGCCUGACGUAAAAGUCAAUUUCUUAAAGCCAACUAUGCACGUCAACCUGUGGAAGUCGGACAGCAGCUUGGAGACAUCAGAUAACCCCAGUGCAGGAGCCCUGAAAGAUCUCUGUGAUGGGCACUCUGAAAUCUCAGACGACUCUGACUCCUAUAAUUCAGACCCAGAGCACCCGUGCUCUGGUUCUUUAGAAAACGUGGACUAUGUGCUGCCCAGCUGCGGCAUUGUAGCAUCAAACCCACGACUGGGGAGCCGCUCCCAGUCUAUUGGCAGCGUGGAGCUAAAUAUCCCCUCUGUUAUCCGGGUUACUGGCUGUGAUGGGAAGCAGGACAGCCCCUCUCAAGUCAGUGAUGACAAGUCCCCAGGGGCUGCCUCGGUGGCUGAAGAAGCCAUUCUGAUUGACUUUGGUACUCCCAUUGAUGCCUACUGCCACCAGUUUGUCCACGAUGCACAGACCCAACCUGUUGAGGUGUUUGGAGAGCUGCCACCAGCCACUGUCCCCCUACUCAACCCUGUGGUGCCUGUGCAGAAUAAGACCCCAGCAGACUCAGACAAGCAGCCAAGCUCCGAGCUGCAGCAUGAGCCCCAGCUCCCCAGGCCGUCCCAGCUAGAUGUUGACUCCACUACCUCCUCUUCCAACCUUCUUUUCGUCCAGAAGCCCAGCUCCGCAGCCUCGGGAAGCUCUCAGAGGAGUCUGGGUUCACAGAUCGAGGGCAGCCUUGGCCCGUCACCUGCCGACAGCAACGGCAGCCGAGUUGUGUCCCCCUUUGCCAAGAUCAAGAGCUCCAUGGUCCAGGUGGCAAGCCUCACGCAGGCGGGACUCACCCAGGGCAUCAACUUUGCUGUGGCGAAGGUACAGAAGAGCCCAGAGCCAGAUACAGUCAACGAAGUCCAAGAGAGCGAGCUGAAGGCAAUGUUUACACAGUGCCAGACCAGGAUCAUUCAGAUCUAGUGCUUUCCUUGUAGCAGGAUUUUGUAGUCGUCCAUCGUGUUAAAAAAAAAAAAAAACUUCCUGUAUGGUAGCAGUAGCAAAAGCUUGCACACAGCGCCUCUACUCGGCCAAGAAAUGCGCUCUUGGAUUUGCCCUUUAGUUAAACUUGCCCAUUUUAGUCAUGACUGUACAGAACUUAGAGAUAUAAACCUAAGCCCAGUAUGACAGUGACCAUGUUUACAUGCACAUAAUUUCUGAUAUUAGGGACUUUUAGCUGAUAUUCCUUUAGCUGUGCAGCCAUGCACAAUGUCAGGUAUUUAAUCAUCAAUUAUUGUCAGAUUCCUUCACUAUUCAUGGCAAUAAUGGUGAUGUCAUGACAUUUCUGAUGUAAGUGUCUUAGAAUACCAGUACUGAGUAAAAGCUGCAGCGUUUAGUCAAUUAAUUGAUUGAUCAAUUGUAAAAAAAAUAGUUGGCAAUUCAUUUUCUUUCAAUCGAUAAAAUGCCUCAGUAAUUAUUUCAAGCAAAAAAGUCCAACAUUUACUGGUUCUAGCUUCUUAAAUGUAAGAAUUUGCUGCUUUUCUUUGAUAUCUAUGAUGGUAAAUGAACAGCCUUUGGGAUUUUGGACUGUUAGACAUUUUAGGCUCUGGGAAAUUGUAAAGAGCAUUUUCCAAUGUAAUUUUUUAAUCAAUACUUAAAAAAUUGAGGAAUAUCUAUAAUCAGCAGUUGCAGCUCCGGUUCUGAAUACUUAUCAAAUGGCACCUGGUCAAUUUUUAGGUAUUUGGGGAGUCUGUGGUAAUUCCCAUGUCCAAUUUAAUCAGAACAGUUAAUUUGAUGUAAUUAGUUUAUAUACAUUAGAACUGUAAAUCACUCCAGAAACAUUGCUACUGUUGAAGUAGGACUGCAAGAAUUGAGAAAAAAAAAUCCCAACCCAUACUGCAAUUUUUUCACAGAUAUUACGAUUGCAAUAUGAGUAGUGUGUUUAGUGGUAAUGGUAAUUUUUGCAUUUAAAAAAAAAAAAAAGGAUUAUGAUUUUUGCUGGGGUCUGUACCAAAUAAGCAUGUUUCCGUAAGUCUGGAAUAUGAUCUUUGUAAUGGCACAGUGCUUUAUUUAUAAAGGCAUGAAGUGACACCUUUUAUCAAAAUAUUGCUGCUCCAGUGAUUUGGAUAUUCCACAUGGCCACAUAGCAAUUCCGAUAAUAUUUUUGAUUAAAUAUGCAGCCCUCCGUAGAUGAAAAUUGUUCUGUAAGUACAGUUUUCAAAUUCUAAGGAUAUUCUUAUUAUUACCUCAAGAGAAAAUUUGCAAAACAUGAGAAAAUAUUUAGGUUUUCAAGGUGUUUUAGACUAAUGUACUUCCAGAGUGGUAUGCAGAGUUGUUUUGUGCAUGUAAACAUGUCACUGUCUUUUAUCAAAUAUGUUACUUUACCCACAGUGCUUGCAUGUGAGGUUAACGGUAACUGAUCUAGACAUGGCAGGUAAACAUUAGUUGUAUGUUCAAAAAAACCAACUCCAACUUUAUCGUGUACUGUACGUCACCCUGUAUGUGCAGGUCACUUAUUGGCGUUCGUGAUACAGACCUCGUAAUAACCUUAAGUUUGUAACAGUUGUUGUAUAAUCCGACCAAAAUAUCUUUUUGUGAUUCCCGAAGGACAAUUUCCGUGUUAACUACUACCCUUUGUAUAGCUGUCAGAAACUAGCCAGACGACAUACUGUACGUAGUUAUCCUAUGUAAUAUCAAUGUUGUCAAGUGUAACUUAGAAGAUAAACCAUUAUAGAAGCGAUGACUACACAAGACCUUUAAUAAGAGUAACCUGGUUGUUGAUAUGUACAGUGAGUAUAUUGUAUGUUUAUCUGUCCCCUGAGUAGAGCCUUCCCUUAAGCUUUUUGUAUUGAUAGCAGGGUGGCAUCUUAAUAUGUUCAAAGAGGUAUGAGCAUUAUAUUUUGAAAGGAAAGCCCAGUACUGUCAUUGUCAACCAAGAAUAACCAGAAAACUACUGGUUGGAGUUGUUUUUGAUAGAUUAAUGUAAUGAACUAUUCUGCUAAUGGUUGUACUAAUUUACUAUGAGGGUGUGUUUGAGUCCUCGGCCAGCGUUGUACAUUGACGUUGCAUGUUCGACAAAGACAUGAGAGUAGCAUAUAGUAGGUGUAUAUGCAAUUGCACCCAUCCAAUUAUUAGAAACACUGAUGCUUUUAUGCACUCCCCAAACUGAAAGCAUAUUUGCCUUAACAGGGAAUUGAAGUGGGAUUAUAUAUAUCAGGUAUUUAUGGCAAAAUCUACCUUUUUAAGUCCAUCCUUACAUGUUACAUUUGGUGUACUGUAUAAAAGAUCAUGUUCAGGGUUACUGUGUAUCAUCACACUUUAUCUUGGGACAUUUCACCAGCGGCAUAUAUACAUUCUCCAUGGAAACCAGCAGGUUUUGGUCUAUGUGCUAUACAGUUAUUAGUAAAUUUGUGUGUUAGAGCGUCCCUGUUGCUGCUGCUGGUAUUUAGGAGUGCUCGCCUCAGAGCCCUGGUCAUAUUUAUGUGUUAUAAAGCAGUAAACAUUGUUAUAUUGUACUUAUUUUUCCGUUAACCUCCAGAAGUGAGGUUUUGCUUCAUGAGUCAUCCGUUACACUUUGCAGUUGUUUUCAUUCAGUACAAAAAUGUCUCAUUUGACCUUGUUACAGUCCUCCAGUAGAAAUUAUAAUAGCCACUGCGUCACACUGCUUUGUAUAUCUGUGUCUAGCAAUGAUAAAUAAUAAUCUAGUUUGCCUUGAGUUGAAAUAUCCCAAGAUAAACAGUCACACGUUCAUUUUUUGUGUUAUAUUUGCCUGUUUUCUGCAUUCAGCUUGCUCACCAGCAGAUACGAUUUGGGAUACUUGUAUAUUGUGUUAAGUGAGAUUGUAGCCUUGGCUGCUUUGCGGGUGCUACAUUAUAGUUAUUGAACCUGCUGAUAGUGUGUGGUGCUGCCAAAGCUUUAAGGUAAUAGCUGUAAUGCAACGUUUUAAUGCAGAGGGUAUAAGGUGUUUUUUUUUAACCUCCUGCAGGAUUGCAAACACUGGAGCAGUUGUCAAGCAGAGCAGAAGCUCAUUCUGUCAUAUAGUGGCUGUGUUAAGCUAAAAGGAACAGUCAUCCUUAACAUUCCCGGUAGAGACCACAGUGCUUGGGUGUCUGGUUUUUAUAUGCAAAAGCUGGCAGUUGAAUUUGAUCCUGUUAUAUGCUGGGUGAGAUUUUUCUCCUUUCCUUUUGUUUUCACAAGUGCUUUUGCAACCACCUCUUCAUCUUUUGUCUGUGGUUGUCCUCCCCUCCCAUUAGGACCCCCUGAUCAUGACAAGUUAUCAUGUGACUCGAGGUCUGUUUGAUUCUAUUUGAUUUGCACUGUUUAAGCACAUUUUCUAGACUUCACACCAUUUCAUCUGGAUGUCUGUGGUCAUAUCUUUCCUCCUUACCAACUGACUGUUGUCAUUGUUUUCCACGGUGUACUGAGAUUGUAUUGUAUAUUAAAGUAUCCUAUUUAUUCUUA